AUGGACAAACUAUUGUUAGUAAUGGAGAAUGUGAACUCAUCUGCAGAUCAUUCAAGCUCUAAUUUGGCUCAACAAUUCCUAGGGAUGUGUUAUUUGAAAACUAAGAGGAAAAAGACGAUUCUUUCAGGGGUUGUUGGUAGCUUAAUCCUGCAAUGCUUAAAGGGAACAAAUAGCUACAGAAUUUGCUACGGACCAAAUGACUUGGAAUUUGCUACGGACCGAAUGACUACGGAAUUUUCUAUGGAACAAAUAGCUACGGAAUUUGCUACGGACCAAAUGGCUACGAAAUUUGUUGAUAAAUCUAUCAUGAAGGAUGUUCAGCCUUCUUUGGAUUUUGAGAAUAGGAAAGCUUAUAGGAAACGUGCUAUUUUAAGAUGGAAACAGCAAAGAGUUGAACGGAAAAAAAAUUACAUAAGGAAAUCUAUUUCAAAGCAAGAAAAUCGUAAAAAUAAGCAUAAUAUUGCUGGUCAUGCAACAGGUAGAGCUCUAUUAAAGUUCGUUCCUGUUGUUGCUGAUAUCUUACCUUACGUUCCUGACUGUCAUCAUUGUGGUGCUUUAAAGUUCUAUUCAGAAACAUCGGGUUUUUGCUGUUUAGAUGGCAGUGUUGUCUUGUAUAGUAAUCAUCUUCCAAUAGUCAUGAUUGAACUUCUAACUUCAGACUGUCACGAAGCAAAGAAGUGUAUAAAAUAUCUUCAACAUAAUCCAUACGCUUAUUUUUUCCGCAGUUUGAAGAAUAUUGGAGACUUGGAUACUUAUAAGAUUGUUCUUAAAACUGUUGCUGUUCAAGACCAAAGAGUCUAUAAUAAACCCGAUGUGUCACAGGUUGCUGCAAUUUGGGUAGACGGUGAAGAUAAUGGGGAGUGUGGUCCAAGAGAUAUCCGAGUUACAACCCAUGAAGCUGACUCUAGAAAUAUAAAGUAUUUUUAUGGCUGUUAUGAUCCUCUGCAGUAUCCUUUAAUGUUUCCUUUAGGAGAACUAGGCUGGCAUCAAGGUAUUUUAAAAAAAAAUAAAACAACCCCAGUUAGAAAGCAGGGUUUGCAUUCGGCUGCAGAAAAACUUAUUGCUCCUGGUAGUAUAGCGCGUGCGGAUGACUUAUUAAAGAUGGAAGAAACUGUGCUUGGAAGAAAAGCAGAUAACCCCAGGGUUGUAUCUGUUAGAGAGUAUUAUGCUUAUAAGCUUCAGAUAAGGCAUAAUGACACAACUUUUUUACUCUAUUUUGGUAGAUUACUACAACAAUAUAUAGUUGACAGCUACGUUAAAUUAGAAACGCAAAGACUAGAUUUUUUUAGGACACAACAGGAAGAAAUAAGACAAGAAUUCUUGCAAGGAGUUGUGGAUGCAAUGGCAAAAGGGGAAACAGAUGGUUCUGCUAUUGGUAGAAGAAUAGUAUUACCUUCUAAUUUUAUUGGUGGCCCUAGAAACAUGAGACAAAAAUAUGUAGAUGCAAUGGCCUUGGUACAAAAGUUCGGUAAGCCUGAUAUUUUUUUAACUAUGACAUGCAAUCCUAAUUGGCCUGAAAUAAAAGAAAAUCUUAAACCAUAUGAAGAAGGCCAAAAUAGAGCUGAUUUGAUUGUUAGAGUUUUUCAUGCUAAAGUAGAACAACUUAAACAUGAACUUUUCAAGAAUAACAUUUUCGGCGAAAUUUGUGCUUACACUUACGUUAUAGAAUUCCAGAAAAGAGGACUUCCACAUGCACAUUUUUUGCUUAUCUUAGAAAGUAACUGUAAAAUGCAUACACCUGAAGACUUUGACAAAAUUGUUUCUGCAGAAAUACCAUCACAAAGUGCAAAUCCUCAUUUGUUUAGGAUGGUUGUUCAACAUAUGAUUCAUGGUCCAUGUGGCUCUUUAAAUCCUUUUAACGUAUGUAUGAAAAAGAAGGGUUCUUGUAAAAAUCUUUACCCAAAAGACUUUUCUUCUCACACUAUUCAGACAGACGAUGCAUAUCCUAUAUAUCGUAGACGUAACGAUGGGUCUGAAGUGAAAGUCAGAGGUGCUAUUCUUAAUAAUAAAUGGGUUGUUCCGUAUAAUGCCUAUUUGCUUUGUUCUGACAAGAUAAGCUUUAAUAUUUCUCCAGUUACAAACUCUGUCCUUAUAAAUGAGAUUAAUGAGUAUCAAUCAGGUCGAUGGGUCUCUCCUCCUGAAGGUGCAUGGAGAAUUUUUAAAUUUCCUUUGGGUGAAAUGAAACCAGCUGUUAUUCAUUUGCCCUUGCAUUUAGAAAACUAUCAGCCUUUGACAUUCAAACGAAUUUUAGCAAAAAAGCUUAAGCUCACAUACAAUCAGUUUCCUGAUCAUUUUGUUUGGAAGGGGGAUAAAAAUAUGUGGUCACCCCGGCAAAUAGGUGACUCAAUUGGUCGUAUUGUGAUUGCCCAUCCAACCGAAGGCGAAAGGUAUUAUCUUAGAAUUCUUUUGUCUAGAGUUCGCUGUCCAAAAUCGUUUGCUGAUUUAAAAAUGAUUAACGGGGUAACUGUUGCUACCUUUAGAGAAUCUGCUUUGUUACGUGGUUAUUUACUUGACGAUGCUACUCAACAAUCAAUGGGAAGACGUCUUCACCAGUUUGAUGUUCUACCCCAAAAUUCAUUUGAUCGUUUAAUGGAAGACGACACUAGAGAGAUUAAAACAGAAAAAAGUAUUGUUGUUUCCGCUGAAGAUUUGGCUGCAAUAUAUACUCUUAAUAGAGAACAGAAGCUAACAGAAAACAUGCGAGCUCUAUUGGAUCCUUUUUUUUCAAGUUUCCUUUUGGCACUUGGUAAUGGUGUAGGAACUCUUACAGACGAUGCAGUUGUUUCUCUGCCAUCAUCAAUGCUCAUUCAGGGUUGUAAUGAUGUUAACGGUUUGGAAGCUCUUAUGAAAUAUGUUUAUCCUAACAUUUUUGUUACUCCUGCCACUUUCUCUCCCACUUGUAAUCGUGCUGUUCUAACAACUAAAAAUACUUUUGUAGAUGAGAUUAAUGAUACUUUGAUAUACAAGUUGCCUGGAGAAGAGAUUGAAUAUUUUAGUCUUGAUGAGACUAUUGAUCCAAAUGAUCAGGCCCAGUAUGAGGAUUUACUUCAUUCCUUAACACCAAAUGGUAUGCCACCUCAUAAACUUGUUCUUAAGUAUAAUGCUCCAAUUAUUUUGUUGAGGAACAUGAACCCGUUUGAAGGUUUAUGUAAUGGUACUAGACUUUUCUGUAAAGAUUUUCAAAGGAAUGUUAUACGUGCAGAGAUAAGCUAUGGAGAAUUUGCUGGAAAAGAGGUUUUGCUUCAUAGAAUUCCAUUACAGCCACCAACAGGAGAACAAUAUACAGUUCCAUUUAAAAGAUUUCAGUUCCCAAUUAGAUUGUGUUUUGCAAUGACCAUUAACAAAGCGCAAGGCUGUAAUCUACUCACACAGUAUCGAAACCACACCCCUCUGGAACAGUAUUCAAUCAGGAAGUGA